UUUUCAAGUCGGAGUUUUCUUUUUUUUAUUCAGUGAAAGAGAGGAUAGAAAACAAAUAGAAAAAAAUAUGGAGUAGUGUGGUGAAAGAAUGUUCUUUUUUUUGGGAUCUGUCGGCUUACAUCUACCAAAUAUCUCUUCCAUUGAUGCUCAGCUCAUGCCUUUUUUCCAUAAUAAAAAUCAAACAGAGUUAAUACGAUUGUUCGAGUAGAUGAGAGAUUAUUUAAGGAUAUUGAAAAUAAUUCAAAAAAGAAUUAAUUAAAGAUGAAAAGAUUAUUGAAUUUAAAUCUAAUAAUUGGGCCUUAUUCAACGACCAAGAAACCCUUAAAAUUCGCUUGAAAUCUUGAAAUUUCAGGCCCGUUAAUUCGUAAAAAAAAUCAAUAUAUUCGGCGAAUAAACAUCUCUUCUUUUUUGUCCUAAAUAGGUUUAGAUUGAGAAGAAAAGGCCUUAAAAUAAAACUACCUAAUUCAAGCCUGAAGAGUAACUAAAUUUAAGCCGAAAAAUGUUAUUCAAAAGAAAUCUUCUUCGAAAAGAAACGGAACGAAUUAAUUUCCUGAUUAUUCAAACAGAAUAUUGCUGACGGAAACAGAAUAUAUUUUCCUGGCUCCUAAAAGUUUCAUUAAUUCAAUUCUUGUUUCCAAACCAAUUUGAAAUUAAUUCAAAUCAAUUCAAACCACAAAAUUUGUCCAAAUAUAACAACUCUACACUUCUAUCCUAAGGGCAUGACUCUUGAUGUAAAUUUUUGUAUUUUAUUCCUUGAGAAUAAUAGAUUGAUCCCUGUCACUUUCUGGCCAAACUCUCACCACACCAUCACAUAAUCCACACACUGGGCUAUCAUAAUGAUCAUCAGUGUGUGAUGAGGAGAGUGCUCCACGAGAAAGUUCCUCUUGACCUCAAGCUAGCAAACAAGCACAUCCAUCACCCACUUGCAUGAGCCAAAAGUCUGCUCAAAUCGUCUUGACGCGCAAUGUCGGUGACAAAGACGACAUGGAGGGUUACCAAUUAAAUUACAUUAUCUCCACGCACCCCCCUGAGGGUUAGGUGGUCGCCUCAUACCCCGCAUUGAAACUCUUUCAACCACCCCACAAGCAUCAGCGGAAAAGCUAAUAUAACAAAAGGACCUUCGUGAAACUUUGUAUACGAAAAUUCCAUGUAUUUGAUACUCUGUGUUUGAGUUGGAAAGUAUGGACCAGAAACAAGGGAUGAUGACAUGGCGUGGGGGGGGGAUGUGACGUCUGGAAAAAGAGUUUUUCAUCUCUCUGUCUCACUCUGAGUUCAAAUGGAAAAAUUAUCAAUGUUUUUUCUGACUUCUUCUUCUCUUUUUUCCUCCCCAACAUUACCCUUUUAUCCAUAAUAUUUUUCUGCACGGUUGACUUCACACUACGCGAGAAGUUGGGAAAAAAGUGCUUCGAAUUUCACGUUGACUAUUCGUCGGAACUAUGGGGGUAAACGGCGAGGAACAUGAUAAUUUCCCUUUGUUAUUCUGCCCUAUAUUUUCGAUAAGCCUUCCCGAAGCAGAAGGUUAUGCAGGAAAAAGGUGAAAAAGAGUGAGCAAAAGUUUCACUGAGCUUUAAUUUUCCAAUUUUCCACUAUGGUUUCCAUUGAAAUUCACGGAUUUUGUAUUUUUGCAAUGUAUGCAAUUUUUUUUAUUCAAUGAUUUGAAUUUUUAACGGCUAAAAUUUGAUUUUGAUUGAAAUUAAGCUUUCGGAAUUAAAUUAUUCAGCUAAGAUUUUUCAUUAAUUUUUCUUGCACGUCGUUGGUCUUAUUUUAUUCUAAAGGUACUGUACGUUCCUACACACUCCCUCCCUACUUUACCCCAUUAUACUCUAUUUUAAUCCACCAUCCCCCCCCUCACUCUCCAAGCUCCUGUUUGCCAAUCUCUCUGUGUAUAUAGAGCUCAAUCGCAGGCGUGUUAAUGUACAAUAUGUGAAAAAGAAGACAAGAAGGGCGGGUGGAAAAUUCACAUGAGAAGGACAAAAGGCUAUGUAUGAGAAUGUCAAAGGAUGAUGAAAAGGGAUUUUCAGAGCGAGCUAUUUAAAUCUCACCAGAUAAACUCCAUCUUUUCUCCACUGAAAGCCAAACUCCGGGGGCAAAUUAAGCACAAAGGGGGUGGGUGGGAAAUGCGAAACGAACUUUUCGAAACAUUUCGCUGUUGCGUAUUAUUUUUUAAUUGGCACCGAAUCUCGUCUAGCAUUCCGCAAAUUAGACUUUUAAUUAAAUUGUGUGCGCUAUAUAUAGAAGGAGUUUCGUUUCAUUUUCCAAGAAGGACCCUAAAGUCGCGCUGAAGAAGAAAGUUUUCACCCAAACGGCGCCUUGGAGAAUAAAAUUCGAAUUUAAUUUGGUCAAUAUUUUGUAAAACUCUUUUUUCUUCUUGAUGGCGAAAAACGGUAGGCGAAAAAAAGCGGAGAAAAUGUAAUUACUCAAAAAAAAAAAAAAUAAGGGAGCAGCUCUUUUAGCUAUUAAUUGGACUUUCCGGAUGGGUAAGGCCUGUGCUAGGGAAGCGCGGGAGAGAGAAAGAGAGGGGGAAACAGUCCAGGCGUCAAGUGGAAAAGAUAAAUAGAUGGAGGGAAAGUGUUCAGAAAAUCAUUUAAUUUGAUGACACUCCAAUUGAGCUUCUUAGCAAAUUAAUUAGGGAGAAGUCGGAGCCAAGCCCAAUCGAAUUGCAAACUUCCUCGUUUCCUCUCUCUCUCUCUCGCUUUGUACAAAGUCAAGAGGAAAUCAAGGAAAAUUUUGACACGUUGAACUUCUUGUUAAGGUGAAAAUGAUGAUAUACACACAAACCCACACAAAAAGGGGUCAACCCGUAAAAGCUCCACAAGAGGAUGGGGAAAUGGGAUUCGGAAAGCCCUUCAAGUGAAAGUUUUGCUUCCAGCCCUCAAAAUAAGCUUCAUUUGAAAACCCGAAUGCGUGUUUUUUUGCAUCUCUCCGUGCUUCCGCCAUCGGGGUGAGCUUAUUGGAAUUUCCCACAACACAACACACUUGGUGCUCAACUAACUUUUCAUAUGCUCCCCCAUCACCCCCGCAACAUAUCCUCCUGAUAAACAAUUUUGAUAAAAAUGAACACCCCUCACGAGAAAAUGUCGAUUUUGGGGGAGGGAAGAAUAAUUGGUUACGUGAAGCAUGUGGUUCAAGCGAGACUUUUUUUUUUCUCCUUUGGAGGAAUAUUAUAUUGAAAAAAUGUGCUACAGAAAUAGGUUUAAUAACAAAACAGAAAUGCUUAUUGAAAAGGAGAAUUUAUAUGAGGAAAUAAUGUUUUUUAAUAUUUAUUCAGGGGAAAUUGUUUUUUGACUAACGUGAAGGCAGGGGAGAAGAAAAAGCUGCGAAAUUUACAACAUAUUUAAAACAUUCCGGAAAUUUAUGUAAUAUUCAAUUUAAAAGUAAAUAAAUUUUGUUAAAGCUUUCCACAACCUGAAGAGCCUGAAGAAUAUUCAAAAAUCAUUCGAAACGUUGUCUUUAGAUUCUUUUUUCACUAAAAGAUUUUGACAAAAUGCCAAAAUUGCUAAUUGAAAUUCAAAAUAUUAUUGGAAAAUUAUGCUGAAAGCCGAUGAACUAAUUAAUUGUAAGUGCGUAAAUCAAUAAAACCAUAACCGCUUCACCAGAAUGCAAAGCGUCGUAAUUUGCACACCCAACAGUCAUAAAUAUACUGACCCAUCCUACAUUGCCACCCUCCCCCAUCCACCUAGCCGUUUCUGCCUCUUUCAGGGCACUGAAACCAACAAUCCCAAAAGCUUUUAACCCCAUAUAUUGGUAUACAUCAAUCUCGGAGCGUUCUGGCGGAAUCUCAGGCCGUACUGCAUUUUUGUGAGCCGGAAGUUUGGUGGUGGUAUGGUGGGCUUUCCCACCAACUACCACCGCCCUCCUCCCCAACCCUAUGUAUGCGAGGGUGUAGACCGUGGAGUGUAUAACAUAAAAUUAUACUUAAAAUGAACAUACAAUAGGAAGAAUUUUCGCAAAGAGAACCCCGAGAGAGAGAGGGAUACAUGGUGGAGGGUUCCGUCGUAUUGAUUUCGGAUGCUGUGCGCAGGGGAUACUUUUCCAUAUAACGCACGAGAGAGAGAGCGAGCUUUUCACCCUCUCUCUGUGCUUCGUGUGAGCUUUGGACUUGGUCGUAAUCUGCCGAUGAUAUUUCUCUGGCACACGGGGUUGUAGGCUCACAAAUACACGUGAGGAAUGUAUAGGAGGGUGGUUUUUUUGUUGUUGCAAAACUUGUGGAAAGGCAAGAGAGCAAAAGCUCAGUGCGAAAGCUCCCCCGGAAGCCAUCGGUGUGCGUGCGAAAGAGACCGAAUUGUUUCGUGGUGUGAUAACUUUGUACACUGGUACCCCAUCAGUGUUGGUUGGAUUGUGUUGGAGAGAGCAAAAGGAAAUCCACGGAAAAGUAUAGAGAGAGAGCUUGUGAGGAAAUUUUUUCCCUUCAGUUUAUUUACUGUGUGCAGUGGAGCUAAACGCGAAGUCGUCUCAUUGCUCCAUUUCUCACUUUUUUUCCAACACACAACACACAAGAACACCUUUUCAUCCCACAUCUCUGCACCCCUCGUUGCACACGAGGGUGGGCAUACAGGGAUAGCGCGGGAUCCUAACCAAUUGUGGGAUUCCCCGGAGCCCCAAAGCGGAAGCCCCCGUUUUUUCGAGGAAGUGCAAAAUUGCUUAAAUCAAUUCUUUUUUUCAAGAGCCAAAAAAAGCUCCAAAAUUUUGUGAGUGUGUGAUAGGGAAAAAAAUCUGUGUGUUGAAGUGAAAGUUUGGGGCUGAUUUUUGGGAGCAACAAAAAAAAAGGAUUCUUCGCCAGAGGAAGCGCACACGUUGAAAUUUGCAACGGGAAAAGUGGGAUAAGUUGCGUGUGCAAAGAAGGAGCAACAAGGGGAGUUUCAAUCGAUUUUUCCACCGAAUUUUCUUCACUGUGCCAAUGUAAAAAGGAAGAGAAGUAGAGAAGAAGACAAACUUUCCGCAACAGCAACUCGCACAAGACCAAUCCAGGCUAAUUAAGUGAAUUGAACGUGAAAAGGGAGGCAAAGUUCCACAAACGAGAGAUGACUUCGGAGAAUUUCACACCCCUUGUGGAGCUGAAUGUAGGCGGGGUGCACUAUUCAGCAUCACUAAAGACCCUCCGCGCGGACGAAGAUUCCCUCCUGGCGGAGAUUUUCACAGGAAGUGCCGGAGACAUUGAGAAGGAUGCCAAGGGGCGCUACUUCCUCGAUCGCGACGGUGUUCUCUUUCGCUACAUCCUCGACUACCUACGCGAUGGCACAUUGACACUACCCGAGGGUUUUCGGGAGAAUGAUCGUUUGCGACGUGAGGCUGAGCACUUCCGCCUUGCGGGGCUGCUCAAAUGCCUCCAGGGCUUGGCUGAGGCAAGACCAGCAGGAUGCAUCACCGUCGGCUACCGUGGGAGCUUCCAAUUUGGCAAGGAUGGGCUGGCUGAUGUGAAAUUCCGCAAACUCUCACGGAUUCUCGUGUGUGGACGCGUUGCCCUGUGCCGGGAUGUUUUUGGUGAUACCCUCAAUGAAUCCCGUGAUCCCGACCACGGUGGACCAGAUCGCUACACUUCACGCUUCUUCCUCAAGCACUGCUUCAUUGAGCAGGCAUUCGAUAUGCUGCAAGAGCAGGGAUUCCGCCUGGCAGGGAGCUGCGGUUCCGGGACAGCUGGUGCUGCAACUGAACUCAAACCCGGUGUGGACGUUGAGGAGAAUCGAUGGAAUCACUACAAUGAGUUUGUAUUUAUUCGCGACUAAAGGUGCGUGUGCAAAGAGGGAGACUUGUGAGCCUGGCUUAUUUGGGACUUACCACCCCUAGUGGCCCGGGGAAAGAUUGUAAAAGCCAAGAAGAGACAAAAGAGCUUUUCUGAAUUUUUUCCAGAGUUAUGGGAGAAAUAUUGGAAAUUCUUUUGAUUUUUUUUUAGUAAAAUAUUUCUGAAUUUAACUAUUUGAUUCUUGGUUUUAAAAACUAAAAAUUAUAUCAAUUAAUUCCAUUUCAAAGAACUAAUAAAAGAAUAUUUAAAAUAAUUUUGUAAACUAAUCAAUUUUUGUUUAGAAAAUGAAGCGAAAAAUUCAUUCAAAAAUUGGACAAAAUAUUAAAAUUCUUUUGAAAAUAAGAAAGAAAGAAUAUUAUAAAUGCAAAAGAAUCCACUAAUCGUGAAAUAGAAAGUUUUUUUUAAAAUAAUUAUAUAAUGUGCUCCAAUAUUUCUCACACAGCUCUGUAUACUUCCUACGGGAAAACUAAAAAUUUCUUCCCACCUUUCUCUAAAUCUCUGUGAUUCCUCCUCAAGCUUCAAAAUCAAUUUAUUGAUUUUCUCUUCCUGAAGCUCCACACGGAGCUUUUAAAGUUUUCUUUUUAAUUUUCUACAAACGCCCCUUAAGGAAAUAGAUAAAAAUGCACCAAAAAUAUUAAAGAAAAAAAAUUAUUAUAAAAAAAUUUUCAAUCAAAAAAUUCUUUUUAAGAUUUUUCUUUUGAAUUUAGAGGAAAAAUCCAAAUAAAUCCUCUUGUAUUUUUUUUUGAGAAGACACACAAACCCCUUAAAUGUAAUUGUGAUAAAAAACACCACUUUUAGGACAUGAAGAUAUUGUCUAUAUAUAACUUACUUUAGAAGAGAUAAAAAUUGAUGAAAAGAAUGCGAGAAGAAUAUUAAAAAAUAAAUAAAUAAAAAAUAGUUUCUCCGUAGAGAAGGAUUUUUUUCUCCGAAAAAUAUGUAAAUACAUAUUUUAUUAUAAAGAAAAACUAAAAGAAAAAUUUACGUAACCUCAUUGAUUAAAAAUAAAGCUCUUUAGUUUAAACUUCCUAUUUUCCAUCACAGCCAGUGUUAAAGUUUAUCAUGAGAGAAAUUUACGAAUUAUCGAGAGAGUCAUAAUUGAGUUAAUAAAGAGAGUUUAAAGUGAAAAUUCAAUGGAAACUUGACUUUCUAACUAGAGCUCCUACACACCUCGUUAAAUCUUCACUGAAAGUUAAAUUUUCUUCCCCUCCCUAGCCCCCCUCAAGAGAUAAUUAAUGACUUAAUUUUGGAAACUGAUAGUACAUAAUGAUUACAACUAAAUAUACAUUUAAAGAAAA